CUCAGUCACAGGACCACAGCUGCACUCAACACACACACGCCCAUUAAAAUGAAACGGCUGUGAAAAAGGCUGGUGAAAAACACAGGAAGCUUAAACAACAUUAAGGACUAAAAAAAGAAAACUUGCUUGAGAAAUAUUAUACACAAGUUACAGAAAAUCUGCAUUUCAAUAGGGGAUGCAGCACAAUAGGAUUCACACACCCUGACUUCUGCAGGACACUGUUGUUUUGUUUUUGACUUGAAGAUCAGAUUUUUAUUCAACAACACAAUCUGGAAGAGGAGGACUUAUUUCUGACCACAGCAGGGGGAGGUAAAGAUGGACAAGUCAGAGAUGUUUGGCUUCUCCCUGGAGGCAGAUGACAGGACGGAGGAAGAGAAAGCGAGGAAAAAGGCAGCAAAGAAAAAUGGCUUGACCUCUGAUUUGGGUUCAAGCCAGGAGGCACCCAUGGCUCCCAUGGACACUGAUUACCAGGAGGAAAUGGAGGCGACCAAGCCUCAAAUCAGAUUCAAUCUCAACUUUGACAAAGGGAUUCGAGGUAAAGAGCAGGACAAUAGGAAGAGAGACAGCAAGACAUUUGACAUUGAAAGGUUGUUUGAAGCGGUGGCCAGUAGGGAUGUCAGAAAGCUGGACGGCCUGUACCAGUACCUGUAUCAAAACAUGAAGAAACUCUCUGACUCCUUAUAUCAGUCCUACGGUAAAACUGCCCUGAUGAAAGCUCUGCUGCACCUCAAAGAUGGCAAGAACGAGACUGUGGAAUUGUUAAUUGACAUUUCAGAGAAGCUUGGUGACAUUAAAGAGUUUGUGAAUGCAGCCUACACCAAAAGCUAUUACAAAGGCCAGACAGCUCUCCACAUUGCCAUUGAAAGGAGGAGUAUUUCCUAUGUGAAACUACUGGUCAGUAAAGGAGCAGAUGUCCAUGCCAAAGCUUGUGGAAAAUUCUUCCAGCCGCAUGACGGCCCCUACUUUUACUUUGGUGAGCUACCGCUGUCUCUGGCAGCCUGCACCAAUCAGGCCGAGAUGGUGGACUUCCUGAUGGAGAACGAGUACCAGCGAGCAGAUGCAAAGCUGGCAGACUCUCAGGGCAACACAGUGCUGCACGCUCUGGUGGUGGUGGCUGACAACUCCAAGGACAACACAGAGUUCAUCACCAGCAUGUACGAUCGUAUCCUCAAGACCACCGCCCGACUGUAUCCAAAUAUAAAACUGGAGGACAUUGAGAACUGCAAAGGGCUAACGCCUCUCAAAAUGGCUGCCAAGACUGGGAAGAUAGGGCUUUUUUCACACAUCUUGCGACGGGAAUUCCAAGAGAGUCACACAAAACAUUUGUCCCGUAAAUUCACUGAAUGGGUUUACGGGCCCGUCCACUGCUCCCUGUAUGACCUGGCCUCUUUGGAUUCAUCCGAAAACAACUCAGUCUUGGAGAUACUGAUCUACGGCUGUGACAUUCCCAACCGUCACGAGAUGCUCCAGACGGAGCCUCUGAACCGGCUGCUGGAUGAGAAGUGGAAGAGGUUUGCCGGUCGACUGUUUUUCUUCAACUUCCUGGUCUACCUCCUGUACCUGAUAAUCUUCACUCUUGUGGCCUACAAUAAGAAGACUGGAAAGCCACCGUUUCCCAUCGAACACACGACAAUGGAUUACCUCUAUGUUUUAGGCCAGCUACUAACAGCACUGGCAAACUGCUAUUUUUUUGUCAUAGGGAUAAUUGACAUGAAGAGGAAGCGUCCGAAGCUGCAGACACUGCUGAUUGAUGGAUAUUAUGAGAUUCUUUUUUUCCUCCAGGGCGUCCUCUUCAUGAUGGCGGCCGGGCUGUAUCUGUGGGGGAAGGAGGAGUACCUCGGCUUCCUGGUCCUGUGUCUCGCUCUGAGCUGGGUGAACCUGCUCUACUUCUCCAGGGGUGACAAACACAUGGGCAUCUACAGUGUCAUGAUACAGAAGAUGAUCCUCAGUGAUAUCUUGCGCUUCCUCUUCGUCUACAUCGUCUUCCUCUUUGGAUUUUCAGCAGCGGUGGUCAGCCUGCUAAUAGAGCGCCCUGCUAACAACACUGUGAGUAGUGGGAAGACCCGUCUCUAUGUCCCUUCUGACCCUGAGAAGUGCGUGGAACCCGGCUUCAGAAACAUCUCCUACACCACACUGCAGCUCUUCAAGUUCACCAUCGGCAUGGGUGACAUGGAGUUCACCCAGGACUACCAGUACCAGGAGGUCUUCUAUGUGCUUCUCAUCGGCUACAUCAUACUCACCUACAUCCUGCUGCUCAACAUGCUCAUCGCCCUCAUGAACCGCACUGUGGAGCAGAUCACCCUGGAGAGUGCCAGCAUCUGGAAGCUGCAGAGGGCCAAUACCAUCCUGGACAUGGAGAAGAGGCUGCCCUGCUGUCUGAGAAAGAGGUUUCGUUGUGGGGUGGAGAAAAAACUGGGCACUGCUCUUGGAGAUGACCGUCGCCGGUGUUUCAGAGUGGAGGAAGUCAACUGGAACAAAUGGAACAUCAACCUGGGCAAAAUCAAUGAGGAUCCUGGCUGCUGGGAUCAUGUCCAACAGCCCGGCUCCGACACCCCUUCGCACAGACAGACAAACAGAGGGAGGAGCUGGAGAGGCUUAUUCAUGGAGGGCAGUCGGCGGCUGGGGACAUAUCAGUCCACAGAGAUGAGUCCUCUGAGCACCACACCGGUCUAAAGAGACAACAGAGAGCUUCACUCAGCCCGAGUGACCCGAUCAAUGAGGCAUUCAAACAUAGUAUUCAGUUUCAGUUCCCCAAGAAAUGUAACUGCCAAAUGGAUGCACUGUCUUUUUGACUGACUGAUACUCAAGUGUCAGCUUUAUUUUGAAUAUAAUCUCUGAGGCAAUAUUUUACUGACAUGAGCAGGGAUGAGGAAGAUGGUGUAGAUGUUUUAUCGGACUGACAUAAUGGUGUUAAAAAGUAGAAUUUAUCAAUGCUGAAUGCUGCAACAAGUGCUGCUUAAAUACCAAGGGAGCCGUGCUUUUAAAAUACAUAAAGCAUUUAAUCUGCGCAUGCUGUUUCUGCCACCACCUGAACAGGAUGCACAUCCUCUCUGCAAAAAGGCCAUAACCCGCCGGCACCUAUGGCAUCGCUCAAAAUCCCUCAUGGAGGAAUAGUGAUCAUGAAGGUGCUGAUCCUGGCUUCCCACUGUGUGCCCUUUAUACGGCUCCCAUUUUCAUCACAGCCAGACAAGCUAAAUCUACUGCAGCCAGAUACUCCUGCGGAUUUCACAGCUUGCUUUGUCUACUCCUCUUCCUGUUUCUAUUUGGCGGAGGCAGGCUCGGAUAAAUGGCAUGAAAGCACAGCAAUUGGUGCAACAAUCACCACCUUCAGCACUAGCUGUUGUAGUACAAAUUCUAUGUGGUUCAGACGGGCCUUUUGAGCCGUUCAGCCACUUGUUAGGCUGAUUAUGUGAGAAACAGGUGUGUGAAUAGAAACCUACCUGAACAGUCAGGAUGACAAUAGUUAAGUUACUGUAUCUAAGCUCAUGGGGAAUGAAGGGAGCAGAAGAAAACUGCAGUUAAGUUGCCUGUUGUUAGCUCAGACAUGUACAACAGUGUUGCAGAUGAUCCAAACUACAUUUAAGACUCAAUUCAAAGCAUAAAUUAGAACUUUAUUUUAUUAUUACAAUAUUACAAAAAGAGUAGCACAACUCUCACGCUCUUGCCUCUUAUCUGUCGUACAGAAUGACACAAAAGAAAGGCUUAUGGACCUUCUUCCAUUUCACAGCAAUAGUACAAGAAACAAAGGAGAAAAUAAAAUUUAAAUAACAAGCAAAUCAAGUAUUAUAAAUAAUCACAACUGCAAACUGAAGCUUUGAAACUUGGAAAAAAAGUUACAGCUCUGUAACUACACAUUGCUAAAAUAUAUAAUUACAAAAUAUUACUCCUUUUCUUGCUUUCCAUAAUAAAGAAUUUCUAAGGAAUUGCCUGUCUAUUCAACAAAACUUCAUUAAAAUAAAAAGAUUGGGAAAAAAAAAAUGCUGUUUCUGUGUAUCCUUACCAUCCUCUUUUUCCUUAUUGUUUGGGGUUUUCAUUAAAACCAUGCUCAUUUGCAAAGGAAAGUCCAAGGACCAAACACUUAAGGCUUUUUAAGGGCUGUUAGGGAGUUAGGUGAACAAAACAUGGGCGUCAUUGUGUUUAUACACACACACACACACACACACACUCACACACCCUGAACUCUACCCACAUCAGCAGGCAACAUUCACACACAAUCAUUAAAUUUUAAAGUUACAGUAGUCUAGUAGGUAAGCCAGUGUACAAUAAAAUAAACAAUGCAUUUGCUGUUUCACUUUAAACUUAAAAGUCAGUUUUGUUUACCUCCAAGUGAUCUUGCAAGUGAUCAAUUUGGUCUUUUCAGGCAGACUUCACAUCAGAAUCAGUAGCAACUACACGUAACUUAAUUCACUUAAGUUCCUGCUGUCAGGAUCAAAACUCUGGUUAGACUCGUAGUUAGAUUCUACAUGACAUUAGUAACACUAUUAUUUCUUCUACUCCAGAGUUUUGUCCUUGUAACUAACCCACCCCCCUUCAAUACCUGCAAAACAAAUAAUCUCAACAUUCAAGUAAUACAUUUGUCAUGGUUACAAAAACGAUCUGAAAAGGAAAGGAAAACAAAAAUGGUACAUCUUCAUAACAGUGUGUCCUUGUUAACCAGACUUUGGCCAUUUUAAGGUAUGAGAGUUGAGCUUUCAUGACGUCUUCUGCACUUAACAUUUCACAAUCUUGUUGCCAAACCUUCCUGGCAUUGACAAAAAGUCUUUUUUUUUUUCUUUUUUUUUUUGAACACCUGAAUUCGUUGCAGCAUUUUAAGCAGAAUGGAGCAUCACCUUUUUAACAUAUUUGCUCCCUGCUGGAUGUUUACUAUGUACAAACAACUUGAUUACAUGCUUCCUUAACUGACAGAGAGGAAUCAAUCUCGAAUAUCCUAUUAUACAAAUAAAUAAGUACAUUUAAAAAGAACAAAACCUCUGUGUACAUGUGCAUACCACAAGCUGUACUUUGUAGUCUCCAGUGUUUGAUAGCUUUGCAUUGAGACAAGAUCAUUACUCCCUAAUGUCCUAAUGAAUGUGUUUAAUCUUGACUUUACUAUGAGAUUUGAGCGAAAAGAAAAUUAGUUGCUUGUCUAGUAAAACACAAACUUCCUGACAAGACCCUGUAAAAAACAUCCAGGUAGUUUUUUUUUAGUAGGGAUCUGUUUAUCGUCAUUCUUACAUGCAGAAGAAAACUUUACUGAUAAGUCUGAAGUUGAAAUUACACAGGAUCUGUUAAGAUCCAGGCACACAGAUAGAUGAGUAUGAUAGAGUUGGGAGCAGGGAAUGACACACACAGUACAGACAUGUACACACACGCACAUGAAAAAGUUCCCUAAAGUGCCAGGUAAAUGCACUCAUUAACAAAAAUAAAGGUAGCAAUUGAUCACUUGCAAGAUUUAUUAAAAAAAGAACAAAAAAAUACUGUUCUUCAUUAAAUAUAUUAAUUUACCCUCUUUAACAUUAGCGGUCAUUUGUUUAAGUUAUCAACUUAUU